AUGGCAUCGGAUAGAAAUGAUCUUAUUCAAAGUGUGCGAUGUGGCGAUUUAGUUCGUGUUCGUUAUCUUGUUGAACAAAAAGAAGUUGAAUUAAAUUUUCGAGAUAAAUGGGAUUCAACGCCAUUGUAUUAUUCUUGUUUAUGUGGUCAUUUGGAAAUAACUCAAUACUUGCUCGACAAUGGUGCUCGAUGUGAAGCAAAUACGUUUGAUGGUGAACGUUGCCGAUAUGGAGCUUUAACGGAUAGUAUUCGAACAUUGCUAAGAAAUUAUAAUGUUCUAACAACGCGAAUUGUUAAACGAAAUACUUAUGACGAAUUUUUAAGAAAACUAUUUGAACAAGGUUUAUAUAGUGAUAUAACUUUUGUGGUUGAUGAACGCAAAUUUCCUUUACAUCGAUGUGUAUUAGCUGCAAGGUCAUCAUUUUUUCAUGAAGCAUUAGAAAAUCGAUGGCAUGGAAAACGAUUGGUUAAUUUAACAAAAGCAAAAUUUAAUGCAGAAAGCUUCGAGGCUGUGGUUCGAUAUUUAUAUACAAAUUGUUGUGAAAUAAAGUUGGAUAAUAUUGAUAGUGUUAAAGCAUUAGCUAGAAGUUGCCGUUUACCUCAGCUAAUUGAGUUAAUUGAGCGUAAGAAAUACGCAAUAGACGAAUGGCAAGCAAGUAAAACAUCAUCAUCAUCAAAUAUUUAUCGUCUAGUACUUGAACCUGAUGAAGGUGAUGAUAGUAUACGAUCGGAUUUUUGUAUGUUAGCUGAACAAGCUAUCCCGUUAGAGCUUCGUCAAUGGAUUGCUGGUAGUGAAAUGCCAUUUAUUGAUCAACCUCAUCUCGAUAUUUUUUCUGAUCUUGUAUUUAUUAUUGAUGAAUGUUAUUAUUUUCAUGUUCAUCGAGCAUUUAUGUGUACGCGAACAGAAUAUUUUUCAGCUCUCGUUAAAGAUCAUUUUAAUGAAAUGUUACCAAACACGAUACAACAAAGUGCUGAAAAAUCAAUCGUGGUCUUAAAACAUAUUCGAAAAGAGCAUUUUCUUCCACUUCUACAUUAUAUUUAUUCAGAUGAAUGUGAAAUUUCAAAUGAUUGUGUUGAUGAUUUACUUGUAAUUGCCGAUGAACUUCUUUUACCCGGUUUAAAGCGUCUUUGCGGAAAUACUUAUUCAAAAAUGCUUAGUAUCAAUACAAUUAUGACAACAAUACGACUUGCACGUUUGUUUGACUUAAUUAAACUUGAACAUCAAUGUAUUCGAUUUAUUACCGAUCAUUUAGAAGAGGUAUUAGAACAAGAAGAAUUUAAAAAUUUCGUACUUGAAGAUGCUGCUAGUGUAGUUGAUCGGCAAGAAAAGGAUUCUAUACCAAUUAUUGAUGAUCUAAAAUUUUAUUUAGCUGAAUUUUCAACGGUUAAUGCGUCGGAUAUGGAUGAAACAUCAGAAAAAAUAAAAUUGCUUGAUGAUUUCCUGGAAGACAUUGGGCUAAAUGUCUAA